AUGUCCGCGGCCGCCUACAUGGACUUCGUGGCUGCCCAGUGUCUGGUUUCCAUUUCGAACCGCGCUGCGGUGCCGGAGCAUGGGGGCGCUCCGGACGCCGAGCGACUGCGACUACCUGAGCGCGAGGUGACCAAGGAGCACGGUGACCCGGGGGACACCUGGAAGGAUUACUGCACGCUGGUCACCAUCGCCAAGAGCUUGUUGGACCUGAACAAGUACCGACCCAUCCAGACCCCCUCGGUGUGCAGCGACAGUCUGGAGAGUCCGGAUGAGGAUAUGGGAUCCGACAGCGACGUGACCACCGAAUCUGGGUCGAGUCCUUCUCACAGCCCGGAGGAGAGACAGGAUCCUGGCAGCGCGCCCAGCCCGCUCUCCCUCCUCCACCCUGGAGUGGCUGCGAAGGGGAAACACGCCUCCGAAAAGAGGCACAAGUGCCCCUACAGUGGCUGUGGGAAAGUCUAUGGAAAAUCCUCCCAUCUCAAAGCCCAUUACAGAGUGCAUACAGGUUAG